AUGGUGAAAAUAGUUCUCGCCGGCGGUGCUGGAAAUGUUGGGCGAGAGAUUCUGGACGAAUUGAUUACGCAAACGUAUGGUAAACAUGAGAUUAAAGUAUUCUCUCGAAAGGUAUUUAUCAUGAGCGAAUCCCAUGUCAUGUCAUAUGAUACUACUGAUGUUCCUGAGCUAGCCGCCUUGGGUAUCACAGUAGACAUUGUAAACUAUCAUGAUAUUUCCGCUCUUAUCGAUGCUCUCAAAGGAAUCGACACCGUUCUCUCAUUCAUCGUCACCAUAAAUGAUCCCGAUAACGUCGCCCAGAAAACCCUCAUAGAUGCGUGUGUUUCUGCCGGAGUUCGUCGUUUUGCUCCAAGUGAAUGGGCUACGAAGAGCCAUUGCGGAAUCCCUGCUUAUGAAGGUAAAGAUCAAGUAUAUGAGUAUCUGAAAGAAAUCAACCGAGAGAGAAAGGUCCUUGAGUUCACUCUAUUCCAGUGUGGAUUAUUUUUGAAUUAUUUCAGUUAUCCACGAGCAUCCACGGAAUUCAUGCAGAUAUUCCCUAUGCCGAUCGAUGUGGAUGGUUGCCGCGCGAUUGUUCUUAGGGAUACAAAGGCUCAGAUCAGUUUGACUUCGGUACAGGACUUGGCGAAAGUUGUUUCUAAGGCUGUAGACUAUGAAGGUAUAUGGCCAGAAAUCAGCGGCAUUCGUGGCAAUCAGAUAUCGAUCUUAGAGUUCAUUAGUUUAUGCGAGAAGAUUAGAGGCAAAAGGUUCGUUAUUGAAUCCGUAGAAAGGGCUGACUUGGAAGAAGGGAGGUUCACCUCGUCCUGGUUUCCCGUGAUCAAUCAUCCCGUAAUCCCAGACGAUCAAAAGAGUGCCUUUUCACAGAGCUAUUUUGCGACUUUCAUAUUGGCAAUGGAGCGUGGUGGUUGGGAUGCAUCCAAUGAAUGGAACGAAUUCUUGCCAGAAUUUCGUUUCACUGGUGCUGAAGAGUUUCUGUCAAAGAUUUGGAAGAAUCAAUUAUAA